AUGAUUCUUCUUAUCGAUUCGUAUGACUCCUUCUCCCAUAACCUAAAAAGAUUAGUGGAAGAAAACACGAAAAAGCCCGUGGUCACAAUUUUCAAUGACACGUUUUCUGCUGGAGAAUACGAGCAAGCCUUUGACAGUUGGAUUCAGUUCUUCGACUACAUAAUCGUGGGUCCAGGUCCAGGACAUCCCAAUAAUGACGCCGAUAUAGGAAUUAUCAAGUGGCUCUACGAGAAGUAUGACGCAGAUCCUUCUCGUUGUAUCCCCACCUUGGGCGUUUGUCUCGGCUUUCAGAGUCUAUGCAGUGUUUUUGGUAAUGAUGUGGUGAGACUCGAUACCGUCAAACAUGGACAGGUGUACCAUAUCGCACCCAAAUCCUCUGACUUAUUUGGUACGCUGAAAGAGGAAUUGUUGCCUUUUCCAAGUGUUAGGUAUCAUUCGUUGCAUGUUAACCUUUCAUCGUUGAACGAAAAGAUCAUCGCCCUCGCGACUUGCGAUGAGCCCAAUAGUUUUCCCGACACCGUGUUAAUGGCCGGAAAGCACGCGGAACUUCCAUUAUAUGGUGUUCAAUACCAUCCCGAGUCAAUUUGUUCUGAAAAGGGCGACACGCUUAUCAAGAAUUUCGAUUCCAUCGCCUCAACAUACAAUAGUCAGUACAGACCGGAUUUGGCCCAGUUACAGCAUGCUGCCGACUUAAAGGCCAUCAACGAAAAAAAUACAAUACGCCAUGCUGUACACGAGAAAUGUCUUAUCAAGGAAUUUAACGACAACUCCUCGAUCAAUGUUCAAGUUGAAAAAUUCAAAUUGAAGGAGAACACUCGUCCGAUAGACGUCUGUGAUUUUCUAAAAAGAAAUGGGACUGACUUUUUUUUCUUAAACUCCGCUUCUGAGCCAGGCAGCUGGUCAGUAAUAGGAUUACCAGUGGUCGAUUAUAGUGAAGUGAUUACCCAUUCUGUGGAUGAUCCCACUACUGUAAUUCUUCUGAAGUUCAAAAGCGAAGACAAACCUGUCACACAACAAGUUACAUCGGUAUGGGAAUUCGUCGCUUCUCGGAUGAAAGAGAAAUAUUGUUCCAGAGAAUCGAUCGAGGAACGAACCGGAAAGAUCCACGCACGGCCUCUUCCAUUUUUCGGUGGUUAUCUCGGAAUUUUUUCUUACGAGGAAGGUAGACAUGUGGAUAUUAAAAAGUUGGGCUCAUUUUGUGAUGGCCCUACACCCGAUACGAAACUUGUUUUCAUUGACAGAGCCAUUUUGCAUGACCGGAUAACGAAUGACUGGUUUAUCCUCUCUAUCCACAGAGCCCCAGGUGAAGACCGGUGGUGUAAAGAUCUAGUCAAUCGCUUGCAAAAAACGGAAGAUUUGCAUAUCGAUUUGCAGUCGGUUCCCAAAAGUGUGAAUCUUUUAUACAAAGAUGAAGAAAGCUCCAUAAGAUACGAAUUUCCUGACCAGGAUGUGUAUGAAGACCAAUUCCACCGUUGUCAAGAUUACCUUCACUCAGGAGAUUCGUAUGAGCUUUGUCUUACCACGCAACUGAAGCUUUUCCUUCCGAAAUAUUUGGAUACUUGGGACAUCUAUAAAGUGUUAGCCCUCCGAAAGAACCCGUCCCCCUACUCUUGUUUCAUGGAGUUUGACGACUGCGUUUUGAUUUCGUCAUCUCCAGAAAGGUUUAUGUCUUGGGUUGAUGAUGAAAAAAUCCCGGGAAGUAAGGUGGUCGAAUUAAGACCAAUCAAGGGAACGGUAAGAAACACUAGCGAUGUCACCUUGGAAGAUGCUACGAAGAUUCUUCGCACGCCGAAGGAAAUGGGCGAAAACCUAAUGAUUGUUGAUCUCAUUCGCCAUGACCUCAACUCCUUCAUUGAUGAUGUUCUGGUGAGUUCACUAAUGGUUGUUGAAGAGUAUCAAACUGUUUAUCAACUAGUGAGUGUUAUUAGGGGGCAUUUGAUGCCUGACAAUCAAUUCACAGGCAUAGAUGUUUUGCACCUGUCGUUGCCUCCAGGUUCAAUGACAGGAGCUCCCAAAAAACGGUCAAUCGAGCUUUUGCAGGAUAUUGAAGCGAUGCAGAAUACCAUUGUCGAAGGUGGAAGAAGAGGCAUUUACAGCGGCAUUGCUGGCUACUGGUCUAUCACUGAUGAUUCCGACUGGUCAGUAAUCAUUCGGUCAAUCAUGCAUUAUAAGAACGAUACAGAAAACAAUGGAUCAACGAACGUAUGGCGAAUUGGUGCAGGUGGGGCUAUUACUGUGUUGAGUGACCCCAAGGAUGAGUGGGAAGAAAUGCAAAUCAAGCUUUCAAGCACUCUUCAAACAUUUAUGUAA